AUGGAGACUUCAAGAUUCAUCCCCAAUGAUGCCGACGCGCAGGCUAUUCAUCGCAAGGUGUAUGCCUCCUACGGCCACGAAGGCGUUACAGCCAGCGCCAACGCUUACGGGAAUCUCAUGCAGAUCACCCGCUAUUUUGGCGAAACCCCAGGCAACCCCUCAGGCUUCAUAUGUGCUGAUUUUGCAGAACGUGCCAACCGCUCUCUUCCAUACCACGCGGUAGAGCGGCUAGAACAGCAUAAUUCUAUGUCCGGUGACCCCAACGACGGAUUUCGUCUCAAAUUCAAACAUGCUGGGGCGGAUGGCAGCGAGGUGCCACACAUGUCGUUCGUCCAUAACCGUUGGCCAUACUUCCGAUCCGCGACUCCAAACAGUGCUACCAGUGUACAGCACCUAGUGAGCGACGAUACGGUGUACCAAAUCUACACAUUCGACCUGGAUCAGAAGGAUAUAACUGGAUCUCCUCCGGAAAUAAGCUUUUGUGUUAACAUGCGUCUUUUGGAUCUCAACUUCACCAAGAACGACGAUGGGUUCCAAAGCAAAUCCUCCCCAGAAGAGCGAUGGCAUCAAGAACAGUUGGAGGAUGAUAACUCAAGUGAAGAGACCCCAGAUCAAAGUUCGACUGGCGACGGCAUUAGAUAUGACGCUAUGAUCGGAGAUAAUACGAAAGAUGAUCCUCAGGAUGAUAUCGGCAAUCAAUGGACAGAAGUGCGUUUCGGGAACAAUGAACGCACGUUUCUCCUUUCUUCCUGGUCGAAUCGCAAACCAGCAGGGCUUGAGCAUAACGUAGGCUUAUUCAUAUCGCUGUUCGUGGGUGACCAUCCUCACCAUAUCUCGCAUAUUUCAGAGAGAAAUUGCAAUGUCACUGUGGAGAAAAAGCUUUGGGAAGAGGCCAAAGAGAGCGAGAAGCUAGAGAUUACUCUAGCUUAUACGUUGAAGGAAAUCCCCCUGGAUCUUCGGCUUACAGACUUUGCCCCCCCGGUAUUAGAGGAAGACGUUUUAAAGGCAAAGAGCAUACUCGCAGCGCCAUUUAGAAUUCUGCAACUACACGAAGACUUACACCUGAAUUUCGUGUUAUGGAGGAACGUGGAGCACAUCUUGUCUGUUUGCAGCAUCCCCGUUCAACAUAAGGGAAGAGCCUCAGAUGAACACCCUGCUAUUGCGCUUACCUGCGGGGAUAUCGCAAGUCAUCGAAUCAGUAUUGAAGCAAGCUUUCACGCAUUCCGAAUUUUGCUUCUAGCCUUGAAACAGAUCGAGGAAGGAUGUAGCAACGAGACGUUGGCCAAGUGUCAUUGUAUGCUCAGAGAUGAGUUCUGCAGAGACAGCAUCUGCACAACUUACUGGCGCAUCAGGCGUGUGUGUUGCGGCCACAUCAGGUGGUUGUGCAACAACUGGGCGGUAGACAUGAGCAGUUGCCAGGGAAAGAAAGACGUGGAAGCAGUUCAAAACGAGGCUAAGGGAGCGAAUUACCAGUGUUGGGCCAACGGCAAAGUAAUAAGCAGACCAACGGAUAACACUUCGCUUUCUCAUGGCCCUCACACAAACGUUGCCCUCCAAAUCAUUAAAGUCGGAGCACUGUUGGAUUCGGCCGGGGGGAAGGAGGUACCAGAGCUCACUGAUGCUUUCAAAAGUACGGUCGCGUUUUGGCUACAGCAGCUUGGAAACACCAAGAGCGGUUUACACGUGUUCCCCCGGUCAAGAAACGAGGUGCCCAGCAAAUUUCAUUUGGUCGAUCACGCCUUGAUCUGGUGGGCUAUCAAGUCAUCAGAAAGACUCGGACUAGAUCCAAAACUAGAUUUCGACGCCCGGGAAAAGUCAAAGAAACAGCUUUCCACCUCGCAAACAUUCCAAUGCAACGUCCUUCAAAGGUUUACCACUGAGACGUCCAAAAGAGGGAUGAUUGCAACAUUUCGCAGCCUCUUGGAGACGAAGUCUCUUCUGGAGGUUGACGAUACUUUCACCUUGCAUGCAGCAGAGUGCGGGCUUUUCACCAACGCUAACACAAAAAGCAAUAUCGCCACAUGGGAAAACACUUUGAAUUACCAGAGAUACCGUACUGGCGACGAUGAAUCUGACUGGCAAAAUCCGCUCCAGUUCGCCUUAGCAGUGAUUCUAAGCUCGCAGGGAAAGCAAAUCAAUGAAAACUCACCUGCUCAUAUGUACGCCCACGCAAGAUCGGUUUUGCUCAAAACAUCCUCAUCCAACGGGCUCCUAGCAGGCCAGUUUAAUUCAGCUCAGGAGCCUGUGGCUUUAGAUUGUAAAGAGGAUCACGAUCAGUAUUGGUCCACUAUUUUUCACAUACCGUUUAUCUUGUGGAAGUGUCAACCUCCUCCACGGGGCUCGACGGGCACAAGACCCAGUGGCUCAUCUGACAAGCUGCCACUGCAGACUAGUAUUAUGUCAAAGGAGAUCGCUACUGUUGAGGUCACCCAGCUUUCCCAAAUGCUGGAGCGAAUGAUUCAAAGGCUAUCCAUAAACCAAACUGCAAGUAAGGAAGACCCCGACAGAAAACCGACGCCUAAAUUUGAAAAUCAUACCGGCAGAGAAAACAUUACAGAGUCUUCUGACAGCUGGUUAUAUGAUGAACCAGACUUUUUAACUUUUCGUCCAAAAUUUAGCGAAGAGGAGAUUACAAGCUUCGGGCAGCACGACAGGCGAGGAUCCAACCAAGGUGUGAUUGGCAAAGAAAUCAAGAGAGUACGUGACAGUCUCGCAUCUACUCUGCCUGACAGCCGCAGCAAAAGCGAUGGCCAUGAGAAGGACCUGAAGCCGGUCAACAUCCAGAUCCAAAGAAUUGAUGGGUCUCAAAAAACGCCAACGCGAAGCGAAAGGUCCUCCGGCAACUCCAACGUAGAAGCAACUGGAUCACAAUGUCAGCAUCGAAUCGUCCGCAUUCUGAGCCAAAUCCAAAGUCACAUCCAAGGUCCUAUCGAUGGAAUCAUUGUCGACGUUGGACAGAAAGGCAGCUCCAAAAAGCGGGGUAAUGUCGCCUUCGACAAGCAAGAUAUUUCCGGUUUACAACCCGAGGGGUUGAUUGUGCGCAGCGCCGAUGAACUCCAGGACCACUUACAGAGCUUUGAGCGUACUCGCGAAACAUCUAAGAAAAGGCUCUUGCAGUUUUUCAGGACCACACCAACAACUGCGCUGAUCUGCUACCUUGCCUCGUGCGAGAAGGAGAAAGAGCCUUUAGCCUCUUUCUUCGAUCGCCACAAUGACUAUCAGACAUACUUUUUUGACAAGGCAGUGUCACAAUGGAAUAGAUGGUGGACUGAACUGCACUUAUCUUUCUGGGAUCUUGACCGGAAAGAUGGAUGUGAACCCCAAGAAGACGGAUGCUUUCCACCAGCAGAUGAGAUCCUGUUCCCAUCUCCACAGUCAUUAUUCCACCACAGCCACUCCUCUCAUAAGAUGGUACGACGGACGGUGACAAGUUUCAGAUUCGAAGGAGAUUUUCUGGACCGCUACUGGACGUGCCAUUUCAUAGAGCACAAUCCCACCGGGUCACAAGAAGUGACAGAGGGGUCCCACUUCUCUGAGGAUCUAAGCGAAGAAACUAGAAUUAGAAGUCUUGACGUCAGGAACAUCUUGCGAGGAGAAGGGCAUGCUUGGCAGCAGCGCAGGGUAUUGGAACUAGUCAUGGUUGAAAGGACUCUAAAAAACAUGCUCCAUGCUGCAGAGACCAUUUUCCAGGAAGCGAGAACGGCUGUGCAGCUAUCUCUAAACUCGGGCCAGGCGACUGUGUCAACAUACCCUCGUACGCCAAGCCUUGAGGAACGACUUACUCUGCUACCUUCAGACAGCAACCAUGCUUACCUGUCAGCCAGCAAGUUGUGUCACAAGAUUCAAUAUCUACUGCAGGCGAUACAGGAUAAUCUUGACGAGAACCUAAGCGUGAUCCAGAGCUGGUCAGAUCGACAUAAGGUGGGAGAGACCGCACGAUGGAGUCUUAGAGACGAGCACAAGUACCGCAGUCUAAUUCAUGUGUGGGAAGAUUUGAACAACCACCAAAUCCGGGAACUAAAGCGAUGCUGA